CUUGGAUGCGCUUAAUCCCGCGAGACUUUGAGAUCCCGUUUUCCACCGCGCUUUGAGUCGUUGGAUGGAGGAGGCGGCGGCCAUGUUGUAGCGGAGAAAAGUGAAGCCGAGCGGGAUUGCCACGGACACGUCUGUCUUCCUGUGGCCGCCCUCGUUUCACCUCCCGGUUUGGACGAACGUCCGUUCUUCUUCCGUUAUCACCGCAGGGCUGCACCCGACACCAUGAGCGGCGGGACGCCCUAUCUGGGCUCUAAAAUCAGCCUCAUCUCUAAGGCCGCGAUCCGAUACGAGGGGAUCUUGUACACCAUCGACACCGAGAACUCCACCGUCGCAUUGGCUAAAGUGCGUUCCUUCGGCACAGAGGACCGCCCCACUGACAGGCCCAUCCCCCCUCGCGAUGACACGUUUGAGUACAUCAUCUUCAGAGGCAGCGACAUCAAGGACCUGACUGUGUGUGAGCCGCCUAAACAGGCCAGCUCCUUCCCUCAGGACCCUGCCAUUGUUCAGUCGUCCAUGAGCACAAGCUCCUCCUCCUCUGCUGCUGCUGCUCCAACCCCGUUCCAGUCUGCCGGUUCCUACGGACUCUUCAACCGGGCCCCGGUUCCUGCCUACAACCAGUUCAGCACCAGCCCCCUGGUGUCCCCUCAGUUUGGACCCGUCGGUGUCGGUCGCAGCAGUCCCGCCCAUGACCCUUUAAGAAAGAGUCCCGCCCUGGAGCCCAUGAUCCAGCCUGCUCCGUCAGCCCCAGCUGCUGCUGCCGCCACGGCUCCCGCUCCUGGCCUGGGACGUCCCCGGAGCCCCGCCCACUCUCGCACCACCCCUCUCACUGCCGGGCAGGGCAGCCAGAAGGUCCAGCACCAGGACGGCGUUGACGUGAAGCGGGGUGAGGCUGUGAGGGGCUGGUCUGCUCCUCGGACCAUCACUGCUGGAGAUAGAGCUCCUCCCACUGCAGGGCUUCCCCACUCCAUCUUUAACCAAUCAGCCGCCGGCGCGGCCGCCAACCGCCGCGGUCGAGGAGGCGGCGGCCACCGAGGCAGAGGGCGCUACAACGUACGCAGAGACGGACCAAUGAAGUUUGAGAAAGACUUUGACUUUGAGAGCGCCAACGCUCAGUUCAACAAGGACGAGGUCAGCUUGGAGUUUCAGAACAAGCUGAAGCUGAAAGACGAGAAGGUGGAGAAGUCGGAGAAAGCGGUGAACGGAGAAGACAAAGGCGACGGCGAGACGCAGAACAGCGAGGCAAACGCAGAGGACGGGUGUGACGGCCCGCUCGGCCCAAACUGCUACUACGACAAGUCCAAGUCGUUCUUCGACAACAUCUCGUGUGACGACAGCAGGAAAAGCACGGAUAAGUCUGGAGGCGUCGCGUUCCCGCGCGAGCGGAGGCAGACCUGGGCUGAAGAAAGGAGGAUGAACGCGGAAACAUUUGGGAUCCCCCUGCGUCAAGGCCGCGGUCGCGGCGGUUACCGUGGUCGCGGCAACUUCCGUGGAAGUCGAGGGCGUCCGGCCAGUCGAGGAACCUUCGGGCCACCGCAGGGAGGAGGUGGCGGCUUCAGGGGAGGAUACAGAGGAAACCAGGCGGGGCGGGAGUUUGCCGAUCUGUCGGCGUUCAGAAAGGACAACAAAGUGUCGGCGUAGUCUCAGGACGAAGCUUCGGCGACUAAUGAAGAUUGUCUUUAGUUGUAUAUUUGUCACCAGCACUGAACGCAACGUAACCUUCCUGAUGUUCCAGCGGUGGAAACAAACAAACAAACAAACAACAGACGCUCCAUGUUUCGUCGGCUCGUCUUCAUCACUUCCUGUGACACUAGCUGACUUAGCUUUAUGUGGGGGAGGGGCCUGUCACAGCUUUCUAAUGUGUAUUUUUCUACAGUGUAACAAUCACGGACGUUGUAGUCUCCGCCCACUCACCACAGCUGCAUCCUUGUUUUCCUCCUCAGUGUUUGUUUAUGAUCCUGAUCACUUGCGCGCACACACACACACACACACACACACAGCAGGUGAUAGGCAGUUGAUUUGAUGAUUGACAGCUCAGUCAGUAUGUUUCACUCACCACUGACUCAUGUGCAGCUCAGGUCAAAGGUCAAAAUGAUCAGUUGGCUGAUCGAUUGGUCGUCGUCAGGUGACAGAAGCAAUUGGCAACUUUUAAUAAAAUUAAAUUAUCAAUAAAACAAUUGUUUCUGUAUUUAAAUAAAAUGCUUCACAGAUGAAAUGAUGAAAUCCUCUGCACAUGAAUCAAUAACAAGUAUUGAUGAGUUGAAUGUCCUUUUCCUUGCUGCGUCUCUGUGAUCGAUGAUCAAUGACGAGCUGAUGCAGAAUGAAACGUCGUUUUGUGAGUUUGUUGAAGUUUGUCUUCUGCUUGGUUUAGUCCGUCGCCAUAGAAACUGGUUUGAUUUUCCCACCUCUGUAACAGGAUGUGAUGUCAGCUUUUAGUUGGGUCUACCUGACACUUACUGCCCCCUGUGGUUUGGAAUGAAAUGUAGGAAAGUUAAAUUUGAACGUUUAAUUUCCACUGAGGCUCAGGCAAUGCUAAUGCUAACGUCCCAUCACAGGGUCUGUGUCCUCAGUGGACGGGUGUCCCCGCCUGGGGCGGGGCUAUAGUUGGUGACUAUACCUGAACUGUGGCAGCUUCAUCAUCAGGAGGUGGCGAGUAGGCGGGGCCAUAGGUGUAUAGUGUCAACUGAGCAUUUUAUUAAUGAAGAGCAAAUAAUAAACAGCUGUUCCUUA